GCAAAUUGGCACAGUGCGCAACUUUACGAGGCAGUACCUCGGCGUCAAAGUGGGGACGACCUUCGCUGGAGGCCGGACUUGGUAGUUCGGGCGCCGACCGAUUCGCGAGAAACGGCCCGAAUUCGGCCCAACUGGCCGACGAGCUUCUGCAACUCGAACGUUUCUAGUUGCCGGAGAUUUGCACUUUCCUCAGGAGACGCGACUCGGUGGAUCGACAGGCCGAACGGUGUCGGCCAGCAGGUGUUAAGGGUCGCGAUUCGGCGGGCAGGGGAGCGGCGCUGGCGUCGCGCUGUCGGUUUAGGGAGGAGACGGCCGCCAUUAAUGACGAAGAGUGACACCUCGCUUAUCUGCCACUCAAACUGACAGCCGACGGCAGGAUUGAAAAUCGCCGAUUCGUCGCCCCUGACACGAGCAGAUCGAGAGGAGAAAAGCGAUCACGCGUCUGCUGCCUGGCAGUGCCAGUGAUGACUGACUUACCCGUGAUAUUGCAUCGAGAUUAGCAAAACGAUUGUGGACUGAUGCAGCAAGAUUCGGUGGUUGCCAUGGUUACGCCAGCAGGCUACGACCCUCAACCUCCUCCUUCACAAGGCAACAUGCAGAGCGGCGGGGCCAACAUCCAGGCGCCGGCCACCUCAGGGCCCGAAUUCGAUCAAGACCAGGCCAUAUUUGAGGCCGACAAACGAGCCGUGUACAAACACCCCUUGUUUCCCUUGCUGGCCCUUUUAUUUGAAAGAUGCGAGCAGGCGACACAGUCAGCCGAGAGCCCAAACUCGGAGAACUUCAACAUGGACAUCCAGGCGUUUGUGCAGCACCAGGAGCGGGACAGAAAGCCAUUUCUUGUCAAUGAUCCAGAGAUCGAUGGACUGAUGAUCAAGGCCAUACAAGUGCUAAGAAUCCACCUUUUGGAGCUGGAAAAGGUGCAGGAGCUUUGCAAAGACUUCUGCAAUCGGUAUAUCACAUGCCUGAAGGGAAAGAUGCAGAGCGAGAAUUUGCUCCGCUCGGACUACGCGUUUGACAACAACAAUCUGCCCGGCAGCACCAACAACAACAGUUCCUCGUCAGCAGGCAGCCCGCCACCUCCAAUGCUCCACAAUUACCAUCCGCAUCAUCAAAACAUGAACCUGAGCCACUACCACCAGAGCGCGGCGGCUUCUUCUUCGGCGGCUCAACUUGCCUACCAAAUGGCCACACACCCUCUGCCCUCAGUUUCACCCCCACCGAUGCACCAAGGGGCACCGCUCAUGUCUGGCUCGUCCAGUUCGUCUUCAGUGCCUGCGUCCCCGGGCAUUGUACACGGCAGCACACCUCUUUCGCAAAUUGGCGCCACGGCCUGCGCGCCGCCUUCAGACAGCUCCCUACUUCAAAAUUCUCUUUCACCUGCUCCAACCUCGCCUGGCUCGAUGGAUGAAGAAGACGACAGUUUUCUUGGCGUCGGAAGCGGAAAAAGCAAAAAACCGAAGCGAGGCGUCCUGCCCAAGCAUGCCACGUCCAUCAUGCGCUCUUGGCUCUUCCAGCACCUAGUGACCCAUCCGUUACAGCAUCCGUACCCCACUGAGGACGAAAAGAGGCAGAUCGCGGCGCAAACAAACUUGACACUGCUGCAGGUCAACAACUGGUUCAUAAACGCGCGGCGCCGGAUCCUGCAGCCAAUGUUGGACGCGUCAACGCCGACAGACACGGUCGUCUCGGGACAUAAAACCAAAAAAUCCAAGAACAGCACCGGCGGCGGCUCCAAGCAGGCUGCACAGAGAUUUUGGCCAGACUCAAUUGCCAGUUUGCAGCCGCAGCUUGGACUGAACGGAAACAUGCAAGUCUCAGAGUCGUCGGUGAUCAGCUCAACAACACCACUCAGCAGUGAUGACGAAAGCGAAGAGGACAGCGAGGAGGAGAGUGGCGACGAGGGUUCGAGCGACGACGAAUCCAAGCCGACGACCCCGGGCGGCGGCAGCAACCUGCAGCAAUGACACCCCUUCUUCCAGUGAGUGUCUGUCGCGCAUGCAAUGUUAGAUCUCGAUCGAGUGUGCCAUGGUAACGGCGCGCGCUGUAGCCAUAUCCUAACUGCCGUAGCUCAAGUCACAAAAGCAUAGCAACCUAGACGGACGGACGGACCGGAAAAUUCGGGGGGAGGGGGGUGGGUUUGAAAAUGCGGACGCUGAUUUUGUCGCCGUCAGUGCAAUUAUUUCCAACAACACAACCUGCAGUCGAAAGAAUAAGGGUUUUUUCGACAUUUUGUGCUCUUCCUAAAUAACCUGUAUACGUAAAUUCAAACUUAAAAAAAAAAUUAUACACCACGCUAUUCACAAACUAGAGUGUAGCAUUUAAAUUUGUAAUUGUGAGAAGAAGAAAAACGCAACAUGUUGAAGCGAGUCGCGCCCUUUCAAAUGUGCUGGAAGCAGUUUUGUGUCUUUAAAGUUGGUUUUUUUAAUUAAUUAAGUUGAUUUUUGUUGUCCAAAGAAGUGGAAUUUAACGUCCGUGAAAAUUUUGUAAUUUUUUUCCAGUCCAGUUAAUCCUCAUAAGUUGUUUUUUCAGUCUCUCAAGAUUAAAUUGACUUAAUUCUUCCAGCAAAAAGUAAAAAAAUCUCAUUCGACGCAUCUCUUCAACAAAUUGAACUCAAUUGACGUCUCGUCAUGGAAAAAAUAGAAAUUUACGUUCAGAGUCCUCAAAGUAUACGAUAUUUGUAAAACAAGCACGUAUGUGGCUUUGUUUUUUACCAUUUGAAAGCAACAGAAAUAGUGUUUGUUUCUGUUGAAUAGAAUUUAGUGAUAUUCAGAGAAGCCAUGAAAUAAUUUUGAUGCAGUCUUAACCAGGAGGCAAGUUCAAUUUUUUCUUUCCUUGGAAAAUUAAAAAAUAUAUAUAUUUGCAUACAAGAAGUCAGGAGUGAAAAUGUUCGAACUUGCGCCUUGAGACGCUUGGAAUUUUGGAAUGAAAAACCAGUUCCUUUUUGUGUAUACGUUUUUGUGAAAGCUCAAAUCUUGCAAAUAUUAAUUAAAAGGCAGACGAUGGAAAAUAUUGAUAUUUUUACCAGUGGGAAUCUUAUUUGGGGAUUUGAACAAAUUUGUUUGAAAAUAUUCCCAAACGUCGCGCGAGAGAAAAAUCCUGCUUGUAACUUACAAAUCGCUUGAAUAUUCUUAGAUGUAAAGAAGAGGAAACAUGAUAUGAGAAGAUUUCAAAUUGAAAAAAAGAAAAAUUGGUAUCCCUCAACAUAGUUGUUGCCGCCGCUUAUUAUUAUUAUUAUUGAUUUUAAAUUUUAUCAAUAUUCUGAUCUGCAUGAAAUUUUUAUUAAUUGUUUUUGGUUUUAAAAUAAUUCAGGUGAUAUUUUUUAGAUUUUUUCAUAGUGAGAAUUAUUUAGGAAAUUGAUUUGAAUAUCAUAGCCAUCAAACGUAAUAUUACAAAACCGUUCUCCAGAAUUUUUGUAAAUAAUUGACAUUAAAACUUAAAUGAUCUGGUCUUCCUCCGAACUGAGGAUUUCCACUUCUUAAAAUUUGAGCAUUUAUAAAUAAAAAAUACUGUGCCAACUUCCGAGCCUGAUUCCUUGAAAAGAAAAACGAGGAAAUCAAUACGAUCAAAGAGUAUACGCUGCUGAAGACAAAAUUUAAGAUUUUUCGAACCCGCGUUUUUAUGCAAAUAAUUAAAAUAUUAGCGCUUCAAUUAUUUUGCAAGGCAUGGUUCCAUGCUCAGCGUACAGACCAAAUUUGAAAAUUGUUCAUAUUUUGAUUGGCAGGCUGAAGGGUGCGAAUCGCCCUUGCAAAUAAUUUCUUCGAUUUUAAGCGUAAUUAAAAAGAAAAAAUAAAGUUUGAACAAGUCUCUUUUUCUGCAAGAAGAAAGAAAAGUAGCGGCUAAAAACUACAAAGCAAUUUCAUUGUUCUCGUGGUCAAAUCUAGUUGGUAGGUCUGUACAGUUUGCAGUAAAAAGUAAAAAUAACUCUCAUUGAUUAUCAAUAUAAAAUUGAAUAAAGCGUAGGACUGAUCAUUUUUCCAGCUUUGCAAAUACACAAAAAUUAUUAUUACAUUAUAUCGACGAAAUAUGUUUGAUUUUGCAUGGAAAACCAAGGCGCAAACAACACACGUGUGUGAAAAAUUGCUACCUCCAUAUUUUGGUGCUGCGGAUUUUCCAGUGCUCAGAGUUUGUAAUUUUUAAUUUGUUUCCUUGUCGAGGGAAAAAAUCCGCAUACUCGUCAGCAUGGAUUAUUUUGCUUUUCCACAGAUUUCUUUGCGCAUAACUAUCUGUGAUAAGUGUAUGAAAAUAAUUUUUUACAUGACAAAACAUGAUGAUUGACUACUUCUUAUAUACUGUAUACGUACUAUGCCUAACGUUCAUGUAACAAUACGAUUAUAUUAUUGUGUAUAUUGAGCGCGAUAUUAAUUACUACAUUUUUAAUUAUGUGUACAACCAAAAAUUUGAAGGAAAUAAAUCUCGAGUGUAAUUUUUGCAGCUAUAGGAAAGUUGCCGUAGCGAUCACUGAAUUUUUUUUCCGUUCGGAAGAAAUUGAGGUUUUUGAGAAUAAUCAGAAUAAUAUAAAAAAAGUCUCGUGUACAAGAGUGCAAGUUAAUGUAUUCUAUAAUUUUCUACGUUCUGUGAAUUUACUAUACAAGAGACAAACAAAACACACCAUGAAACAUUUGCUUUGUAGAGAAUAAAAAUUUAAAAUACUUGUAAGUUACAAAGUAAGAAAAACGCCUAA